AUGCAGAACAAGACUGAAAUCGUUUUAGAGAUGAGUAUACUACUAGUUAUCCCAUUCGCGAUAAAGAUGGAAAAAUCUACUGCUGAGAUUGUUAUAAAAAGCGGACAACCUGCUUAUCCUCAUUGUAAUGGUGGAAAAAGGAAUAUCAAGACUGAAAGAAUAAGUUGGGUCAAGGCUGAACCAAAAGAUGGUAUAAAAAAUUCUGAAUGGUUAAAAGAGGAAAGAGGGCAAAGUCGGUUUAUCAAAUUAGUUCCGCCUGGUCAAGGAAAACCAAGACUAAAAGAAAUACGAGCCCAAGCCCAGAAAUAUUGGGAAGGUCUUUCUUAUGACGAGAGAUUGAGAGAAGUAAUUAGAAGUAAAGAUGCCAAACAAGUCGCGUGGGGUGGAAAAUUUGAAAAUUUAACCGCCGAGCAAAUUGCCACCCAAAAUGAAGUACCAAGCGGGAUACGUAAAGAAUUUGAAUUGAAGGCUUGUCACCAUGAUUGUUCCGAUUGUCAUUUAGAUAAGGAUUUCCAAAAAUCAAGUGAUAAUAAUAACCUUUCUGCUUUUUCGUCAGUAAGCGAAAAUAAUAACGAAGCAAAAAGGGAAGAAAUUGCUAAGAAAUUGGUCGAAGCCAAAACGCAAGGCAUUGACAAAAAGGAAAUAGAGAGAUUACGCUCCGAACUUCAAAAAUUAAACCAACAAAAAGAAGGGAUAACACCAGCCAAAAAUAAUAAUGAGUUGAUUUUAGGGAUAGUAAUAAUAUUUUCUGUUUUUGUCCUAAUUUCAGGGGUUAUUUUGAUUAGUCAAUUACUUUACCAAAAAAAUAAAAUUUAUGCUUUUUAUGUGCUGCCCUCAGCCAAUAAAUUUCAAAUUAAGCAGGAAUUAGAAAAAAUGUUUCAAGUAAAAAUAAAAAAAGUUCGCACUAGUCGCCACAAGCCCGUUUUGCGACAAACUCGCUAUUUACAAAAAUCACCAACUAGAAUUUAUACCAAAUUGAAAAAAAAAGCCUUUGUUGAACUAAUGCCGGGACAAAAUCGUAAUACUAUUCUUAUCGAUUAUCGGGAGAAAUUAGUUCCUAAUUCUCAAAAAUCCCCCCGACAACUUCUUAAAUUAAUUCAGCCGCAAUCAGGACGGAAUAAUCAAGGGAAGAUUACCAUGCGUCAUCAAGGAGGUCGCCACAAGCGAUUUUACCGAGUUAUUGACUUCAAACGUUAUGAAAAAGACAACGUAGAAGGCAAAGUAAAAAGUAUUGAGUAUGACCCUAAUCGUAAUUCUUUUAUCUCGUUGAUAAGUUACCGAGAUGGCAGUUUUACUUUCAUAAUUACUCCAGAGGGGUUAAAAAUUAAUGACCAAAUAAUAAGCGGAAGCAACGAAAAUAUUCCCUUAAAAAUAGGUAAUAAUUUGCCUCUGUCUUAUAUUCCGGUUAAUAUUCCUAUUCACAAUUUGGAGUUGAAACCCCAAAAAGGUGGGCAGUUAAUCCGCGGUGCUGGUACUUAUGCUGAGAUAAUUGGUAAAGAGGAGGGCAACAAAUAUGUCUUAGUAAAAUUAAUGUCGAAGGAAGUUCGAAAAGUGUUGGCAACUUGCCGAGCUACAAUUGGCUCAGCUAUGAACCCUUGCGACCAUCCUCAUGGUGGUGGCGAACAAAAAGCCGGUAUUGGUCACCCCUCACCGCUUACAACCUAUGAAGAAGGGAAAAUAAAAUCAAUUGGGGGAAUAGCAGGGAAAAUCAGUGCGGCCGUCGAAAAAGGCUGUGACACUAUCGUUAUUCCUAAAAGUAAUUCCUCUGAUUAUCGUGAUGAAGUUCCUUUGUCCAUCCGAACAAAAGUUAAAAAGCUACACAAAGUAGAAAAUUAUGAAGACCUCAAAAAUCUUUUCCUCGCUGGCUUAUAA